UAUGUCAGCGCCCAUGAAGUUGAUCAGUUUUAUGAAAACAACAUUUCUUAAUCGUGUUUUUUCGUUUUGAAUUGAAUAUGGAAUCCUGUCGUUUGAAAGAAAGGUCUACAUCGGCAUCUUCUAUGAUAAAGAAUCAGAGAAAGCGAAAGAAAUCAAAGAAAAGAUACGAAAGUAGCAGUUCUUCUUCUGAGGAAAGUGACAGUGACAUUAGUUCUAGUGAUUCCUCUUCCUCAGACACUGAUGACCGGUCUAGAAAACACAAGAAAAGUAAAAGAAAAACGAAGCAUAAAAGAUCUAGAAGUUCAUCAUCAUCUUCAUCGCCAUCUCCUGUUAGAAGAAAGAAGAAAAAGAAAGACCACAAAAAGCAUAAAAAGAAGAAAUCAAAGAAAAAAUUGAAGAAAAGCAAAUCAAAGGAGAGAGCUGACCUUCCAUCUACAAUGAAUAAAAAUACAUGUAUCAUUGACAAGAACUCUGUCCCAAAACCUACAGCUAGCAGUAGUAGUAGUGGUCCAUCUCCUCGCAUGAUGAAACCCAUGACAAAGGAAGAAUGGGAGAAACAGCAAAGUGUCGUGAGGAGGGUAUAUGACCCCGAAACUGGACGCAAUAGGUUAGUCAAAGGUGAUGGGGAGAUUUUGGAGGAAAUUGUGAGUAAGGAGCGACACAAGCAAAUUAACAAGCAAGCAACACAAGGGGAUGGUUUGUUUUUUGCAACAAAGAUGGGAAUCAAUAAAAACUGAAUUACGUACAGUCUUAUUUCAACAACGCGGAAUAUUUUACAAGUUUCAUGGUGUUACAAUAUAAAUGGAAAUUUCAAGAAUUUUAUAGUCUGAGCAAUUAAAUAACAUGAUUGGGCAGAGUUAAAUGAACUUAAACUUUGCCUGAGUGAAUCUUAAAUUACUCCAAACAGAGUUACCUUCACCUAAACUUUGUACGUGUAUUUUAUUGAACAUAUCUAUUUUACUGAACACAUCAAUACACACUACAAAUAUAAGCAUUACUGCAUUAAAUUCUCUUUGUUGUGCCAUGAUUAGGAGGGAAUGCAUAUGAAUAUUUUAAUGUAUAGUGCUCAGCAUUGUAUAAUUCAAUAUUUCCAGUCUCAUUCAUAUUGUUUGUCAAGUGAACAUUUGAAUGUAGAUUAUUGGACAAAUACAUGUAAAGCUGUAUAAGCAAGAUGUACAAGAACACCUUUAGGGCCUUAGGAGUGACAGGAAAGCCUUUUGUGAAACUAUCAAUGGAUUAUAGUGAAAAAAUAUACAUGUACAUGUGUCAAAAAGGGCGUAAAGUCUGCAAUUUUAUAUCCAUAAAUAAUAAGAAUCAUCCACAUUCAAAUUCUAAGUUCGCCCAACCAAGUGUUUUGACAAAACCAUGUGGGAAAAGUUUUGGGUUUUUUUUUUUAAAUAAUCCAUUGAGAACAUUUUCAUUUUGUUAUAAUUUCAUUGUUACAGAAAUAUUAAUGUAAGAGUUGGUCAGCAACUCUGUAUUGUUAAUAUUUAACUCACUUGCUAAAACUACAAUUUGAUAAAUGCAAAAUAAAUAUUCCUACUUCUUCUCUGCCAUUUACUCCUGUUUGAAACAUUUAUCAAUCU